AUGAUGACUCCUGUUGUCACUCUUCUCCUUUUCCUGAGCGUGGCAUCAGCUCAGUUUCAAUUCUUCGAGCAGUUUUUCCAAGGCGGCCAGCAACAAGCCGCUCCGGAGAAACAAAAUGUACCUAGCGACUCUAACUGGUAUCGUCAAAACUGGGAGGGAGCGACCUGCUCCAACUAUCUAUGCCCGGAUACACUUGCUUGCGUGCAUUUUCCACACCACUGUCCAUGUCCGCACCCUGAUGUGGAGGACAAGGUGGAACUCGCAGAAGGUAUCGCCGAGACUCUCAUUCUGCCAUCCUCGUUGCUGUGGUCAUUGCUGUGCGUAUGGAAUGGAAAUCAAACACAGGUGCUUGCUACGACUGUCUUCACAAGGCUUAGAUCGAUGGAUCCGUUUUCUCUGACUGCCGGGGCAAUUCAAAUUGCAGCAGCGUGUGCUCAGUGUACAGUCACAAUUAUCAAGUGGGUUGGCGAUGUCCGCACCGUCGACGCUCGCAUCUCAUCGUUUUGCGACGAGGUUUCGGCGCUCCGUGCUACUUACGAGGGACUGGAACAUAGCCUGAGCUCGCCGUUGAUGGCUGAGGCGGCCCGCAUCGCCAGCAAAACCUCUGAUGGCGGUCCCCUAUGGCUGCAAAUCAGGGAAGCAUUAGACGACUCGAAGAAAAACAUGAACACUUCAGGCUUUGCUCAUCGGAUCAAGGCUCAACUUCAGGAGUCCCUGGCUUCUGGAGAGUUGUUCUAUCUUCGCCAGCGCAUUCAGGUCUUCAAUUCAUCUCUGUCCCUUCCCAUCCAGAUGGUUUGCGUCAUGCUGCAACUCGAACAAAGGGGCAUUAGUGUCGAGAACCAGAUAGCCCUGAAUAGAAAACUGAUAUCCUUGGAGAAAAGCAUCCAGGAGUUAGUGCAAACCCUGUCCACUCCUUCGAAUAGUGGUUCGACACAGGUUGCCAGUGAUGUCGACUCCUCGGGCCGCGCAGGGAUGGAAGCAUACAUGGCGUUCGCCCAGAAGUUUUUGACGACUGCAUCUGCAGCUGCCAGUACGCGCUCGUCUCUUAGCACUAUCUCUCAGCCAAAUGUACCCUUGGAGCACCGGCGCCUCUCAGGAGUUGGGCUUUCUGGCGAUAACAAAGCACGAGUCGCUGGGUGGAUCCCACCGCCAUCUCCACCUUCUCGUGAGUCCAGGUGCCCGACGGAUCACGAGCAGCGCAAUCAUAUCACUCAGUCACCAAGACUGGAAGUGCCAAAUACCGUCGGAGCUGAGGUGGAGUUUCUGAGGACUAAGCGACAUCUAGACUUGGGUCAGGAAAGACUCCAGCAAGACCAGCAUGUGGCUGCAGAGACGCACUUCCGCAAAGCUCUUGCGCUCAUGAAAGGGCACGAUUUUCAAGGCAAAAUCUCCCUCCAACCGGCUGAUAUUGUACUUAUAAUAGCGGACUGCUGCCUGAAACAGCAGAAGUUUGACGAGGGCAAUUAA